AUGUUCCCCUCAUAUUACUCGAACCCGUACUGGUUUUGGAAUUCAACACCGAAUACUUAUCACCAACAUCCAUAUUCAUCACAUCCACACCCACUUCCACUUCCAACUUCAAACUUUGAUAACGAAUCUGAUAUUAUAAAAAUCUUCAAAAUCCACGUUUCUCUCCAAUUUUCAUCCAAAACCUUCAAAAUUUCCCUUCCAGAAUCAACCUCUUGCAAUGAAAAUCCAUCGAGACAUCGAUAAAGAGCUCUAUCAAGUCGAAACCGAUAUGAUGGAUCUUGUCGCGAAAAAAGCGAGAGCCAAGUAGUUUUUCACUAAAAUUUCAAUUUCAAAAAUGUUUAUUUUUCAGAAACAUCGUGAAAAUGCACGGAUUCGGCAAUUUGAAAACGAGAAAUCGACAAAAGCUUUGUGCGAUCGAUAUAUUAUUAUGGAUUUGCUCGGACCAUCGAUUUUUCAAGUUUUGGAUUCGGAACAUCCAGCCUGCUUUGAAAGUGAGGAAAUAUUUUGA